AUGGUGUCGACCGACAGCUGGCGCAUGCAGAAGCAUGCGUGGAUUGCCGCAAUGCUUGCUAUGGUCACGGCUUACGCGGACGUCGUCAGCCUGAUGCGAUACCAUAGCUUCGCCAGCAUUCUCACCGGCAACGUGAUUAUGCUCUGCAGGGCAAUGGUGGAUCCGCAAACGAACGGCCACCACUUUUCGUUCUACCUGGCUCUAUGCGCGUCCUUCGCGGUGGGGGCCUUUCUGCAUCGCCUCUGCGAGAACUGGUGGCCCAACCGCGGAGGAUCCUUGGCGGCUGUGCCUUUCACGGUGCUCAUGUUGGGUGUCGAGACUUGGUACUUGGUGACCGACGAGGACGCCAUCUACGACGACCCGGUGCUGCGAUGGAGCGUGGUCCUUGUGUCCCCCAUCUUCGGGGUGAUCGCCGCGGCGUGCAGUACUGGGCGGAUGGGCACGCACACGACCAUGGUCACUGGCCACGUGUUGACAAUGUCGGGGGUUCUAGGCAACCUUCCCUUCAAGAAGCUGACCGAGCAAGACGUGAAGAAGGUGAUUAUGAGUGGAAUGGUCUUGGCUGGCACCGUGUGCGGCGCGUCCCUGGGCGCUUGGGCCUUGACGAACAAGACCCUUCACAACGUGCUCUUGUUUCCUGUGCCUAUCGUGCUCUACAUCCUGAUGUGGCUGCAUGACCACUUGUGCCAACCCCGAUCUUUGAUCAAGAAGGUGCAAGGGAAGAUUCGCGAGAAGCCUCAGGAGUUGAAGAGUGAGACAGAUUCGCAGGAUUCACAGGAUUUAGAGGAAGAUGACGCCGAGUCACCAGAUGACCUGCAGAGUCAGGUGUGA